GUGGCUGACGGAGUCGGCUCGCUGGCUGGUCAUGGUGGGCAAGUCCCAGCGGGCCCUGAGGGAGCUCCAGAAGGUGGCCAGGAUGAACGGGAAGAAGGAGGAAGGGGACAAGCUCGACACAGAAGCCCUGAGGUCCUACAUGCAGAAGGAGAUGGCUUCAUCCAGGAGCCACCACACGGUGCUCGACCUGGUCAGGACACCCGUCGUGCGCCGCAUCUCCUGCUGCCUCUGCUUCGUGUGGUUCUCCACCAGCUUCGCCUACUACGGGCUGGCCAUGGACCUGCAGAACUUUGAGUUCGACAUCUACGUGAUCCAGCUGAUCUUCGGGGCCGUGGACAUCCCGGCCAAGCUGGUCUCCAUCCUCACCAUCACCUUCGUGGGGCGACGCUUCACCCAGUCCCUCGCCCUCAUCUUGGCCGGCUUGGCCAUCUUGGCCAACAUCUUGGUGCCACUAGAGCUGCGGGUGCUCCGCACGGCCCUGGCCGUCUUCGGGAAGGGCUGUUUGGCCGCGUCCUUCAACUGCGUCUUCCUCUACACGGGGGAGCUCUACCCCACGGUCAUCCGGUGA